AUGAGGACUGCCCUGGUCUUUGCUUGCCUGGUGGGGAUGGCCUGCGCCUUUUCGGUCAAGAGCUGGCUGCGGCGAGCCGAGUCAGACGACUCAGAAGAAAAUGCGGUGUUCAAGAACAGGCACCGGUAUUACCUGCACAGAUAUGCCUACAUGCAUCCCCCACAGCGACGGUACCAGGGCAAUGACUCAUCGGAGGAAGAGGAGGACAGCUCAGAGGGGGAGGACAUGGGGGAACAGACCCACGCUGGCACUAAGGCAGCUGGCCACUCUCCCGGAGCAGCCCCUGGGGACAGCCAGAGUGGGCUGGGAGGAGACAUUGCAUCCCCCCAGGAGGGUAAGGGCUACCAAGGGCCCCAGCAGUGGGGCAGGAAUGGUGCUGCUGGCAAGGGAGAUGACUCUGAAAAUGAAGACAGUGACGAGAAUGAGGAGGAGGAGGAGGUGGAGGAGGAAGAAGUAGCUGAGAAUGAGAACGCUGUCAAUGGCACAAGCACCAACACCACUGAAGGGGCAGACAGACCUCAUGGCAACAGCACCAUGGCAGCAGAGGAGGAGGAGGGAGAGGAGGAGGAAGAAGAGGAAGAGGAAGAGGAGGAGGAGGAAGAGGAGGAGAAGGAGGAGGAAACUGAAGUCACCACUGUUGCCAGCACCACCAGUGAAGACAGGCUGUCCCAGGCAACCACCACAGAAGAUGGGGGACCCACGUAUGCCACCACAGCCAGGGAGCAGUGGGAGUAUGAGGUGACAGUCAGAGGCCAGGGGGAAAAGGGCACCACCGAUGGCAGCUAUGGGGAGCAGGAUGAGUACAUCCACGGGGACAGCUACCGGGCCUACGAGGAUGAGUAUGGCUACUACAAGGGGCAUGGCUAUGAUGUGUAUGGCCAGGAUUACUACUACAGCCAGUGA